AUGGGGCGAGCGAGGGCCAACAAGCCCUAUCUCGAGGAGCGCAGGAGCGCCGUUUGUGCCGAACAGGAGUACGUUGCUCGCUCAGCAGCCGCCUCGGCCGCCUCCCCACCUCCCUUCACAAUCCCAACACCAUCCACAUCCGUUUCCACAAGCGCUUGCCAACGCGCUCUCCUACUCGCACCUGCCCCCGAGCUCCUAUGCCGAUACGUCUACGCUGAACCCCCGGCGAGGCUGAGAAGGACAGAUUCGGAGCUCCAGCUCCCUACAAGCUCCUAUAGCCUGAUUACGCCUACGCCAUUGCCACCGACCACCAGCGCCGUCCCACCGCCACCUCUUCCUGCUGCUUCCUUUGUUAUCCCGCCCUCACCGUACGUCGCGCCGCCUACUGCUAAAUGGGCGACUACCACCGCUGCGAUUUAA